CCGAAAAUUAUUUAUAUAUUUGUGAAUCUCGUUAGCAUUUAUGAAAAAAAAAAAAAAAAAAAAAAGGCGGCGUAGUGUAAUUGGAUAUAAGUAUAUCGAACAGCUCGAGAAUACGAGUGUGUUUUAGGGUUCAUCAGAAAAGAGGGUUUUUAGGGAAGGAGAUCCGAAAUAGCGACAAGAUUUCCUCAAAAGAACAAGACCAGAACAGGUGAGUCUCUUCCAUGUUUAAUUUCAUAUUCAAAUCUUUGCCUUAUUUUAGGUGUGUUGUUGUAUCAACUUCACCAACCCAGAAACUGCAUUUUCUUCAACACUACCCAUUCUCUUCUUCAUCAUCAGCACUCAAAUCCGUAUCUAGCACUCCAAAUCAACACUCAUUCACUGUCGAGUACCUCAUAAAAUCAUGUGGGUUUCCUCCAGAAAAGGCUCUCUCGGCCUCCAAACGCAUGAAGAUCGAAAGCCCAGACAAACCAGACUCUGUUAUGGCAUUCUUCAGAAACCAUGGAUUCACCGAAACCCAGAUCUCAGUUAUUAUCAGAAAACUCCCUCGGUUACUCUUGUCUGAUCCAGAGAAAACCCUUUUGCCAAAAAUCGAAUUCUUUCAGUCUAAAGGUGUUUUAACCGAAGACAUUGCCAAAAUACUGUCUGCAACACCUUCUAUUUUGAGAAGAAGUUUGGAAAACCAUGUCAUCCCAUCGUACAAUUUCUUGAAGGAACUGCUCAAGUCCGAAGCAAAAACGAAUGCUGCCAUUAAACAACAAACUAGGCUUUUGUUGUUUGAUCUUCACAUAUCAGUAGCACCCAAUAUUGAAGCUCUAAGGGAAGUAGGUAUGCCCGAAUCGAUUAUUGUGAGUUUCUUCACAAAUCAAUCUAGUGCUUUCACGGCUAAUGCCGAUAGGUUUAAGGAGAUGGUGGAGGAAGCAAAGAAAUUGGGUUUUAACCCUACAACAAUUAUGUUUGGUGCAGCAAUUCAUGCACUGAGGGCAAUAACUAAAUCAAAUUGGGAAAAGAAGGUGGAGGUUUAUAAGAAGUGGGGUUUUUCUGAGGAUGAUAUUCUGGUGGCUUUUGGGAAGCAACCACGUUUUAUGGUUGUAUCAGAUGAUAAAAUUAUGGGGAUAAUGGAUUUUUUUGUCAAUAAAAUGGGUUGGGAUUCUUCUGUUAUUGUGAGGAGGCCAGUGCUUGUUUGCCUGAGCUUGGAGAGGAGGAUCAUUCCAAGGUGUUUGGUUUAUCAAGUUCUGUUGUCGAAAGGUUUGAUUAAGAAGGAUUUUGGCUUGUUUAAGAUGAUGGAGUCUCCUGAAAGUUACUUCCUACAGAAUUAUGUAAAAAAAUAUGAGGAAGAAGCUCCCGAGCUUUUGAAGAUAUAUCAGGAGAAGUUGAAUCUUUCAAAGUAACUAGGGUAUGGGAAAAUGAGGAACACAGUGGCCUUUUUAAUGUCGUACAUCUCUGAUUCAAACUAUACUUUGGUUUCUCCUUGUUUACUCUUGGGUAGUGAAUAUGACUUUGUUUGAAAUACAACAUGGCAAUCAAUUUUCAUUAAUCUCUGAGCAAAUUUGUGUUCUCUGUUCCGGCAAUUGAAACCUGAAGCUCAACAACAUGGUGCAUUGAAUUCUCCAGUACUUUUGUAGUGGUUAAGGCUUGGUGUGAUAUGCCAUUGUCUGUUGUCGUCUGGGAGAGCAGUCUAGGUGAUCUUGGUUUUGUUUGACAUACAAUGUCAGAACUAUUUCAAUUUGGUAAAUUAAUGAUUUUGAAUUUCAAUUGUAAUGAUGCAAACAUGUAACUCUGUUGUAUUUUUGUAACUAUGAGAUUAUAUAUAUAUAGUUGUUCUUUUGUUCAA